AUGUCUAGGGCUCCCAUUCUCAUUAAGGAGCUGGUCCAAGGGAACCAGGAGUGGAAAAUGCACAUCAGGGUCGUUGACCUGUGGGUUGUUACAGAAAAAACAGGGUAUCAACACCUAGAGUGUGUUCUACAAGAUGGAACGGGUGACCAAAUCCAUGUGACCACUAGCCGUUGGGAUUUUAAAGAUUGGAUAGAGCAGAUCAAAGAGCACGAAACUGAUUAUCUGUAUAAUGGGGAGCCUAUGGCUAAUGAUGGCCCUUUGAAAGUAUGUUCGAACCCUCUCAAGAUUCUUUUUAAUGGAGGCACUACUCUCACCAAGGUGGACAUGCCGGACAUCCCACCACACAAAUUCAACUUCCAUGCCAUUGAAAACUUUCUCAAUGGACAUUUCAAGCCUGAUAUGCUCUAUGAUGUUGUUAAGACACAAAUGGGGGGUGGGGGUAAGAAGUCCUGUACCAAUAUCACAUUACGUGACGUUGUGGGAAAUGCCAUUGAAGUUGCUUUAUGGGUAUCUGGAUUACCAAGUCUAUCUAAUGCUUGGAAUGGCUCGAAACUCCUGAUUAACUUAGACCAUCCACAAGUGGAAACCUUCAAAACCAGUUUUGGAGCAGCUGAUUUGUCAAAUGCAUCCAACCUUUCUCUAUCACUAACUUGUGAUUCAUCCAUUCAAUCCACAAACCAGAAUUGGACUAGCCGUAAUAAGGUCAGGACUAUCCGUGACAUUUAUGAAGGAGAAAAGGAUUGUUUUGCAACUACUAUUGGAACUACCAAACGAUUCAAGGCUUCAAGGUUUGGAUGGUUUUUUGAGAGCUGCCCCGGAUGUAAGAUUUCUAUCAAGUCCGUUGGAGGGAAAGUUGAGUGCCACUGUGGAAUUAAAGAUGUUGAACCAAUUACUAAAUUCAAAAUAGAAGUUGAAGUUGAAUAUGAUGGAUUUAAUGGAACCUUUGUCUUUUGGGAUAAGGAUUGUGUCCCAUAUACUAAACUGUCUGCUAAAGAGUUAAGAAAGCUCAUGAUAGCGAAUGGAGAAGACAACCCAAAAAUAUGGCCGGCUCAAGUUGACAAUUUGUUGAAUAAGGAAAUGGCGUUCCGUAUCAAAUUUCAAUCAUCUUACAAACAGUAUUCAAUUGUGACAAUUCUUAAUGAGGAUAAUGUUUACAACAAACUUAAGGGAUACCUAACCCCGGAUGAGGAGCAUACAUCAAAUGCUCAUGUUUUGGAGAUCUCCAAUUCUGAUCCAAAUCAUGAGCCAACUGAACCUAUUAUGACACUAUCUGCUCAAGCUUCGAUAUCUCCUCAACCUUCGUCUGCAAGCUCCGGCAGCACACCUGCCAAGAGGGGAGCUAUUUCAACAUCAGUUAAUGAGUUGAUUGAUGCUGAAGAUCUGACUCCUAAACAAUCUGCUACUAAGGCUAAGACUGCAAGAAAGAUCAAGCAUAUCAAGAAGGAGUAA